AUGUUGGCGGGAGUGAACGCCCGCAUCGACGACCUACAGAUGGUGUUGAAUCAAACGGAGGACCACAGGCAGCGCGUCCUUCAAGCCGCCGCCAAAACCGUCCGCGUCUGGUUCAUCAAAGUCCGGAAGAUGAAGGCCAUUUACCACACAUUGAAUCUGUGCAACAUCGACGUGACGCAGAAAUGUCUCAUCGCAGAAGUCUGGUGUCCUGUCUCGGAUAUGGACUCCAUACAGUUCGCCCUGCGCAGAGGCACGGAGAAAAGUGGCUCCACAGUGCCCUCCAUCUUGAAUCGGAUGCAGACCAAGCAGACUCCGCCCACUUUCAACAAAACCAACAAAUUCACCUCGGGUUUUCAAAACAUCGUGGACGCGUACGGGAUCGGCAGCUACAGAGAGAUCAACCCAGCUCCAUACACCAUCAUCACCUUCCCCUUCCUGUUCGCCGUCAUGUUCGGGGACAUGGGUCACGGGGUCCUCAUGACGUGUGCCGCUCUGUAUCUGGUGCUGAGGGAGAGCCGGCUCAUCGCACAGAAGAACGACAACGAGAUGUUCAGUAUGGUGUUUGCGGGCCGGUACAUUAUCCUCCUCAUGGGUCUCUUCUCCAUUUACACCGGCAUCAUUUACAACGACUGCUUCUCCAAAUCCAUCAACCUGUUCGGCUCGGGCUGGAGCGUCAGGCCCAUGUUCAACCCCAGAGUCGGAGGAAACUGGACUUUUGAUACGUUGAACGGCAGCAAGAUUUUACAGUUGGAUCCAGCGGUGGAUGGAGUUUUCAGAGGACCGUACCCCAUUGGGAUUGAUCCUAUUUGGAACAUCGCCUCAAAUAAACUCACCUUCCUCAACUCUUUUAAAAUGAAGAUGUCUGUGAUACUGGGAGUCAUCCACAUGUUGUUUGGAGUCAGCCUCAGUCUUUUCAACCACCUAUAUUUCAAAAAGCCCCUAAACAUCUACUUGGGUUUCAUCCCUGAGAUCGUCUUCAUGACCAGUUUGUUUGGAUACCUGGCCAUCAUUAUCUUCUAUAAGUGGGUCUCGUACAGCGCUCGCACGUCCAGGGAGGCGCCCAGUCUCCUCAUCGCUUUCAUCAACAUGUUUCUGUUCAACUACCGUGACCCCACCAACCAACCGCUCUACACUGGGCAGCCUGUGAUUCAGUCCAUCCUGGUCCUCAUGGCGUUGGCCUGCGUCCCUUGUAUGUUAAUAGUGAAAACUCUGGUUCUCCGAAGACAACACAUGUGGCGCAAAAAUUUGGGAACUCAAAGCUUUGGGGGUGUGAGAGUCGGGAACGGGCCGACGGAGGACGAAGCCGGGAUCAUUGAGCACGAUCAGCUCGCGCAGCAGACUGAGGACGAACCAGAGUUUAACUUUGCAGACGAGGCGGUGCACCAGGCCAUCCACACCAUCGAGUACUGUCUGGGCUGCAUCUCCAACACGGCCUCGUAUCUGCGGCUCUGGGCGCUCAGUCUCGCACACGCACAGCUGUCGGAGGUGCUGUGGUCCAUGGUGAUGCGCAUCGGUCUCGCCAGCAGGGGCCUGGGAGGUUUCAUCCUCAUCUUCGUCACUUUCUUCUUCUUCGCCAUUCUCACCGUGGCGAUCCUGCUCAUCAUGGAGGGGCUGUCGGCGUUCCUGCACGCGCUCAGACUGCACUGGGUGGAGUUUCAAAACAAGUUUUACUCCGGACAAGGAUUCAUGUUCCUGCCGUUCACUUUCGAGAGCAUUCUAGAUGGACGAUAUGAAGAUUAG